AUGUCGCAAACAGUCGGAAGGACCCGUCUCGCCUACUCGAGAACAUGGCAUCAUAUCGACGUCGGCUCCGACAGCCGCUCCCUCGGCCGAUUAGCUUCCUCCAUUGCAGUCUUUCUGAUGGGUAAACACAAGCCCAUCUGGGACCCAUCCACCGAUUGCGGCGACUACGUUGUUGCAGUGGGCUGCCGUGACAUUUACACCACGGGCAAGAAACGCUAUCAGAAGAAAUACUACACACACAACACUCGCCCCGGUAGUUUGAAGAGCAUGACCAUGGACAAGAUGUUUGAGAAAUGGGGUGGUGGUGAAGUUUUGCGGAGAGCGGUACGGGGCAUGUUGCCGAAAAACCGUCUACGUGAUAAAAGACUGGACAGAUUGAAGACAUUCGAAGGUUUUGCCCACCCUUACAAGAAGAACAUUAUUAAAAUCCAGGGGAGAUCCGUCAUUGGUAAGCUGCCAGAAGUCCAGGCAGCUUUCAAAAAGGAAGAGAAGCCCGUGGCAGAGACUCCUGCACCUACUGCGAACUGA